GUCACUUGAGAAGUUGGAGAAAAUGCAAAAAGAGGCCAAUGAGAAGAUAAAAGCCAAUCGUGAAAUAGACCAGAGCACAGAGAGUAGAGACAAGUAAUGCAAUUGAGUUGUUUAUUGAUUAUCAAACAAGUCAAAGGAAAUACAAAAUGAGUGUGGGUCCUCUAGUUACGGAAAUCGUCCUGACAUUUUGUCUGGCUGCAACACUACUUUACAGAUAUGGCAAUGUAUUCAGAAAUCAUAUUGUCGUUACAUUGUCGGUACUCAUCGCUUGGUACUUCUCGUUAUUGAUCAUAUUCAUACUACCUCUAGAUGUUUCUUCAACUGUCUAUCGACAAUGUGUCGAGCAAAAUCGAGUAGUAAACGCAACGAUUCAAAGCCUAGAGCCAAACGGAACGAGUCCUUUGGCCCCAUGUCAGAAGCCUUGGUCAAGUGUAGCCGACAACGUAUUUCCCAAUUUGUGGAGAAUCGUAUACUGGACCUCCCAAUGUUUAACAUGGAUAAUUCUCCCCCUCAUGCAGUCUUACAUAAAAGCCGGUGACUUCACUGUCCGGGGAAAACUAAAGUCUGCAUUAAUUGACAAUGCCAUCUACUACGGAAGCUACCUCUUCAUCUGCGGAAUUUUAUUGAUUUAUAUUGCCCUCAAGCCAGGCCCAAAUUUGGACGGUCAAAAACUGAAAGCCAUCGCCUCGUCAGCUUCCAAUACUUGGGGAUUAUUUCUCCUUGUUCUCCUCCUCGGAUACGCCCUCGUAGAGGUACCCAGAGGGCUCUGGAACUCUAGCAAAUUACCUUACAAACUUCAAUACAGUUAUUUCAAGGCAUCAAAGUUAUCUUUGGAGAAGUGUGAAGCUGAGGAGACUGUCGAUGACAUAUUGGAGUCACUGCAGGCAGCAUCAGCUGCGAUAGGACCCAACCACCCAUUCUACAGGAAUCUCGAAACAAUUCUUCAAAAAGUUCCUGUCGAAAUUAAAGAGAAAAUUAACAGAAGACAACUGCCAGAUGAUACUCCACUCGACACACCCUCGGAGAAAGCAUUGAUCAGACUUCACAGGCAGACCAUCAAAGCCCUUCAAACUCUCCAGAGAACCGAGACCCAGUGGGGAAUUUUAAUAGAGAAAAUUUUUCAUCUCGAGGAUAUCGCUAAUAAUCUUUCGAAUCAUGACAGAAGAUUCAAGUCUUCAUUUGGAAAAUUGCGACCACUCUACAUGAGAAUAUUGUGCAAUCCAACGGUCGAGUGGUACUGGAAGUGUAUGAUAAAGAGUUAUGUCCAGAGGGUAGCUGCUGUUGCAGCUGGAUGUCUUUCGGUUGCUGUUGUCUGGUCUGAAGUCACCUUCUUCAACAAAUCUCCAGUUCUAUCCCUCUUCGCCCAGUUUUUAAACUUAGCUAAAGCCAAAUACGACUAUUUAACUAUUGAAAUACACUCCACCGUGAUCAUUGCAUAUUUAUGCUACUGCGCAUAUUCUACAGUGCUGAAGAUACGUUUGUUAAAUCUAUAUUAUCUUGCACCACAUCACCAGACCAAUGAAUACAGUCUUAUUUUCAGUGGAAUGAUGCUGUGUCGUUUGACACCACCAAUGUGCCUCAAUUUUCUGGGGCUCAUUCACAUGGACUCGCAUAUUAUCAAAACCCACAUGCUUGAAACGUAUUACACUCAAGUAAUGGGACAUAUGGAUGUCAUAUCGAUUAUCUCGGAUGGUUUUAAUGUUUAUUUUCCUAUGGCCAUUCUAGCUUUUUGCUUAGCUACGUAUUUUAGUGUUGGAAGCAGACUGUUGAAUGUACUUGGAUUUCAACAGUUUCUUGGAGACGAUGAGCUCACUACGGAUCUUGUUGAUGAAGGGAGGGCACUUAUUCUGCGAGAACGAAGAAAAAUACAGAGAGCCGAAGAUUCAUUGACACGUAGACGUGAAUUCCAGGAGAGAUUUACAAAUCCAAAUACAACAUCCUCAAGAUACAGAAAUAGUCGUCAGAACAGCGACACUGUGAGACCACUGAAGAGGGAUGAGUCCACAGAAUCAGCUAGAGCGGGCCUCUUGCGUGAUUUUGAACCCAGCGACUACUAUGUUGGUACUACCUACGAUAGUGCAAAUUCAUACAGUGUAAAUAAUUACAGUGGUGGUUAUCAGGCAGCUGAUUUUAAUGAUUUACAUAAUGACGAAACGAGAAAUUUUACAUCGGCAAAUAGCAGCCGUUUGGUUGGUCCGCCUAGAAGAAUUUUUGAUGAUGUGUGAAUCUGGUGAUUUUUUAGUUGAUUUUUUAUAUAUGAACUCGAACAGAUUUUAAGAAAUGAGAAUAAGUGAUUUGAUAAUGUAUUAUGUAGAUGAAUAAGCGAUAAUAUUCAUUGAUGAUAAGGAACCGUCGGUUUAAUCAUGUUGUGGAAUAAUAAAAACCUUUGCCUUAGAUUUAAAUUUUCAUGUCUAACAUGAUGUAAUGUGUUGUGUACUACAGAUCAAAAGGUAAAUAAAGUGAUAUUAAUAAUCAAUUGAAAAUACAAAA